AUGGGCCCCUGUACCGCCUCCUCAUGCUGCUGCCAGGCCCGUAAUCUGCCAUGGACCCCCGUACCGACUCCUCAUGCUGCUGCCAGGCCCGUAAUCUGUCAUGGGCCCCUGUACCGCCUCCUCAUGCUGCUGCCAGGUCCACAGUGUGUCAUGGGUCCCUGUACGGCCUCCCAUUGCUGCUGUCUCCAUCGCCACACUCUGCCAUGUGCCACUUUCAGGUCUCCUCACACUGCUGGUGGGUUCCAUUUUGUCAUAGGGUGCUGGCAGAUUACGGGCCUCCCAUUGCUGCUGCCAGGCCUGUAAUCUGCCAUGGGCCCCCGUACCGACUCCUCAUGCUGCUGCCAGGCCCGUAAUCUGUCAUGGGCCCCUGUACCGCCUCCUCAUGCUGCUGCCAGGCCCGUAAUCUGCCAUGGGCCCCCGUCCGACUCCUCAUGCUGCUGCCAGGCCCGUAAUCUGUCAUGGGCCCCUGUACCGCCUCCUCAUGCUGCUGCCAGGUCCAGAGUGUGUCAUGGGUCCCUGUACGGCCUCCCAUUGCUGCUGUCUCCAUCGCCACACUCUGCCAUGUGCCACUUUCAGGUCUCCUCACACUGCUGGUGGGUUCCAUUUUGUCAUAGGGUGCUGGCAGAUUACGGGCCUCCCAUUGCUGCUGCCAGGCCCGUAAUCUGCCAUGGGCCCCCGUACCAACUCCUCAUGCUGCUGCCAGGCCCGUAAUCUGUCAUGGGCCCCUGUACCGCCUCCUCAUGCUGCUGCCAG